UGUCCGGCGGUGAAGCGGCAGUGACGACGGCGGCGGCGACAGUGCACGUCCAGGGUCCGCAGCUCCUGGGGCUUAUCGGUCCGCGACCUGACCUGACCUGAGCUGACCUGAGCUUCACACUUAUUUGAAGAAGCCGCAGCGAACGGUUCUAUCAGGAACAUCACAAGCGCCGGGGCUCCACAAUGAGGGAGAUCGUCCACAUCCAGGCCGGCCAAUGUGGCAACCAGAUCGGCUCCAAGUUCUGGGAGAUCUGCGCCGACGAGCACGGCCUCGACCCGAAGGGCUACUACAACGGCUCGUCGGACCUGCAGCUGGAGCGCAUCAACGUGUACUUCAACGAGGCCGGCUCCGACAAGGGCAACGUGCGCUACGUGCCGCGCGCCGUGCUCGUGGACUUGGAGCCGGGAACCAUGGACGCCAUCAGGGCGGGGCCCAUCGGCGAGCUCUUCAAACCGGACAACUUCGCCUUCGGUCAGUCCGGCGCCGGCAACAACUGGGCCAAGGGCCACUACACAGAGGGCGCCGAGCUGGUGGACCAGGUGCUAGACAUUGUCCGUAAGGAGGCUGAGGGCAGCGACUGCCUGCAGGGCUUCCAGAUGACGCACAGCCUGGGCGGCGGCACCGGCUCCGGCAUGGGUACCCUCCUUAUCUCCAAGGUUCGCGAGGAGUACCCAGACAGGAUCCUGGCCACGUUUUCCGUGAUGCCGUCGCCGAAGGUGUCGGACACGGUGGUGGAACCGUACAACGCCACCCUCUCCACCCACCAGCUGGUGGAGAACACUGACGAGACGUUCUGCAUCGACAACGAGGCGCUCUACGACAUCUGCUACCGCCAGCUGAAGCUGCAGACUCCCACCUACGGUGACCUGAAUCACCUGAUCUGCCUGGCUAUGUCUGGGCUCACCACCUGCCUCCGGUUCCCCGGCCAGCUGAACGCCGAUCUCAGGAAGCUGGCCGUCAACAUGGUGCCCUUCCCGCGUCUGCACUUCUUCGUUCCAGGCUUCGUGCCGCUCGUCUCGCGACAAAGCCAGGGCUACAAGGCGCUGACGGUGCCCGAACUCACCCAGGAGAUGUUCGACGCCAAGAACAUGAUGGCCGCCUGCGAUCCCCGGCAUGGUCGCUACCUCACCGUUGCCGCAAUCUACCGUGGUCGCAUGUCCAUGAAGGAGGUGGACGAACAGAUUGUGGCGGUGCAGAACAAGAACAGCAGCUACUUCGUCGAGUGGAUCCCACAUAACGUCAAGACAGCCGUGUGUGACAUUCCACCGCGAGGUCUGAAAAAGUCAGCGACUUUUGUCGGGAACACCACGGCCAUCCAAGAUCUCUUCAAGCGUAUCUCUGAGCAGUUCACUGCCAUGUUCCGGCGCAAGGCUUUCCUCCACUGGUACACCGGCGAGGGCAUGGACGAGAUGGAGUUCACCGAGGCCGAGAGUAAUCUGAAUGACCUGGUGUCCGAGUACGAACAGUACCAGGAGGCCACCGUCGACGAAGAGAUUGACGAGUACAACGACGGUGAAGACGACGAUUACAACGACAACGGGGGCGGUGGUAACGACUACGGUCGUAACGACGAUUACGACCGUAACGACGACUACGACAGGCGUAGUAACAACGAUCGCCGUGAGGAGGAUGAUUACGAAUAGGCAGAGGGUAGCUCCAUUGACGGGACGGGCUGGCACCGGUGCUUGGAUGCACCAACACGCUGUGGGGAUAGGUUGGUCGUGCAAUGUCAUUUUCACAUGCAUUUGUUCUCAGACUUGUACAGUUUUCUUGGUCCGUAUUCGUUGCACCGCUAGUGAUCUGUACUGAUGGGCUGAAGUGUCAUGAUGUGAGCUAGGUGUCAACAAGACAUUUGCUUAAUUAUGUUGACAUUAUCUUGAUAUUAUCUUUGUUGAGUCGUUUCACAUUCUACAAUCACGCAUCAGUAUUUUUGUGCUUUUUGAUCACGUUUGUUAGUGUUAUGAGUUGUCGUUAUCUGUGAUAUUACCGCCUUUUUUGGGAUCUACUUUUUAAGUCGAAUAGUUGUCCACUUCUCUUUGCUGGGUCUGCAAUAUCAAAUACAUAAACCAAACAUCCGGCUAGCUCUAUUUCGCUGUUUAAAUGCAUGAAAACAUCCCGACGGGCUAAUUUGUACCAUUCAAUCUCAUGAUGCUGUCACGGUAUAUAACCAUUUUGCAACGGAAUGUCGAUGUUAGCUGAAGAUAAGUGCUGUUUAACGAAUGUCAGAAAAGGUUGAAGUGAUUGGUUUCUUGCGUUGUUAACAUCUCAUUAUUAUCAUACGAACAAUUUUUGUAGGUUGUAUGAUUUACAUAAAACUGUAAUCCGUCCAAUACCUGUGAGUUAUAGCAAUCAAAUGAUGUAACAAUAAAACGUGUUUUAUUUAUUCAUUUACGAUUCUCACCAACCUGGAUGUAUGCGUCAAAGUGUGUAUACUCGUAGUUGCGCAAUAUUAUCAACUAUUCUGUGUUCAGCAAUAAAUGGGCUUACGUAGCAA